AUGGCAUAUUCUUCUAGUAAUAAUUUUGAAAAUUUUGACACUAUGCUUGAUGAGAAAUUUGAUAAAGUGUACGAUCAGGCGUUCGAUCAUAUUGUGGCUGCUCAUGCUGAUCGCCAACAAGCAAGAAAGCCAAGGAAAAAAAGAGUCUAUAUUGAAAGAGAUCAUGAAGAUGGACACAUCCGCUUGUGGACCGAUUAUUUUAGUGAAGAUGCAAUAUACUUUCCUCCUCUUUUUCGUCGUCGCUUUAGAAUGAACAAGGCGCUGUUCAUACGUAUAACUGAUCGACUCUCUAAUGAAAUUCUAUUCUUUCAACGAAGAAGAGAUGCUACCGGAAGGUUCGGUCUCUCUGCAAUACAGAAGUGUACAGCAGCAAUUCGUAUGAUGGCAUAUGGUUGUGCAGCUGAUGCAGUUGAUGAAUACCUCCGGCUUUCUGAAACCACUACGAUGCAAUGCUUGGUCAAUUUUGUUGAAGGAGUCAUAAAUUUAUUUGGAGAUGAAUAUCUAAGGAGACCCACACAAGAGGAUCUUCAACGUUUACUCGAUAUUGGAGAGCUACGAGGAUUUCCCGGGAUGAUAGGAAGCACCGAUUGUACGUUAAACGUAAUCAAUGUUCUUGAUCGCUUUCCGGUUUUUGAUGAUAUAUUACAAGGUCAUGCUCCAAAAGUGAAUUACAUUGUCAACGGCCGCGAGUAUCAUUUGGCUUACUAUCUCAGCGAUGGUAUUUAUUCGAAAUGGGCUACUUUUAUCCAAUCUAUUCGGAUUCCACAAGAUCCGAAGGCAUCCUUGUUUGCUACAUGUCAAGAAACUGUCCGUAAAGAUGUCGAGCAUGCUUUUGGAGUCUUGCAAGCUCGCUUCGCCAUAGUCAAAAACCCAGCUCUUGUCCAUGAUAAGGAAAAAAUUGGAAAGAUAAUGAGAGGGUGUAUCAUACUUCACAACAUCAUAGUAGAAGACGAACGAGAUGGGUAUACACUGUUGGAUCCAACAGAAUUCGCACAAGUAGAAGCACUCAGAACUUCACAUGUGGACUCUACAGUUUCAACUGAUACACCUUCAAAUGUCAGCAAUAUGAUGACCAUGCUCAGCAAGCGGAAGGAAAUUCGUAAUCAGCAAAAACAUCAACAAUUGAAGGAUGAUUUGGUUGAGAAUAUCUGA